CAGGCCCAAAGCCUUUACCCCUAGAAAGAACCCGACCGGUCCCUCUCGGCCAUAUUUAUACCCAAUGCCCCGUCUCCCCGCUGCGCUUUCAGCCUCGCCAUUGGCGCCCUCUGUCCCCUUUUCCCUCUGAUCAGCCUUGCCGGUGGAAAUGGGGGAGGCGAAGCCGAAGAGCCAGUCCGGCGUCUGGAACACUGUCAAGCCCUUCGUUAACGGCGGAGCAUCCGGCAUGCUCGCAACCUGCGUCAUCCAACCAAUCGAUAUGAUCAAGGUGAGGAUCCAGCUAGGACAGGGAUCGGCCGUGCAUAUUACGAAGAACAUGCUUUCUCAAGAUGGCUUUGGCGCUUUCUACAAGGGUCUUUCAGCAGGGUUACUGAGGCAAGCUACUUAUACAACAGCACGUCUUGGAUCGUUUAGGAUAUUGACAAACAAAGCAAUUGAUGCCAACGGGGGGAAGCCAUUGCCCCUUCUUCAAAAAGCUGCCAUUGGUUUGACAGCUGGAGCAAUAGGUGCCUGUGUUGGUAGUCCAGCUGAUCUGGCACUCAUCCGCAUGCAGGCUGAUGCAACUCUACCCCCAGCACAGAGAAGGAAUUAUACCAACGCCCUCCAUGCACUCUAUCGGAUUACUGCUGAUGAAGGGGUUUUGGCACUCUGGAAAGGUGCAGGUCCAACAGUAGUGAGGGCUAUGGCAUUGAAUAUGGGCAUGCUCGCCUCUUAUGACCAGAGCGUGGAGUUUUUCAGGGAUUCACUUGGUUUCGGAGAAGUUAGCACAGUCCUUGGGGCCAGUGCUGUUUCGGGCUUUUUUGCCUCAGCUUGCAGUUUACCAUUCGACUAUGUGAAGACUCAGAUUCAGAAGAUGCAGCCUGAUGCCAACGGAAAAUUUCCAUAUACUGGAUCAUUGGACUGUGCCCUGAAAACCCUAAAGACUGGGGGUCCUUUCAAACUUUACACUGGAUUCCCUGUUUAUUGUGUGAGGAUUGCACCACAUGUCAUGAUGACGUGGAUCUUCUUAAGCCAAAUUCAGAAGAUUGAGAAAAGUAUUGGGAUUUAGGAUGGAAUUGAUGGCAUUCAUUCUUACUUCUUAAGCUAAAUUCAAUAAUAUUCCGGCCUGUAGCUGAGGCUGGUUUUGGCAAGUUGAUAGUCACUGAUCCUUUCUGUUAUGAUUCAUUAUCUUGGGUAAAAAUAUUAUAAUCAUCUUC